UACGUCUCCUGGAGAGAAACUGUCUUUUAGAGGUGGAAGUUAACAGGAACUUGGAAGUAACAGCCCUCCACAGAGGAACUGGAAGGGAAUUGCUAUUGCGCUCCUGGUGAUUCUAGUUGUUUGUUCACUCAUCACUAUGUCUGUCAUUCUUUUAACCCCAGAUGAACUUGCAAACUCGUCAGAAACCAGAUUGUCCUUGGAAGAUCUCUUCAGAAAAGAGUUCAUAGUUCAUAAUCCAGAAGCCAAAUGGAUUAAUGAUACAGCAGUGGUAUAUAAAAAUAGGAAUGGACAUGUUGUUGAACUGAAUGUAGAAACAAAUACAACUACAUUAUUAUUGGAAAAUACAACUUUUGUAACAUUCAAAGCAUCAAGAUACUCUGUUUCACCAGACUUAAGGUUUGUUCUUCUUGCAUAUGAUGUUAAACAGGUUUUUCAUUAUUCUUAUACAGCUUCAUAUGUGAUUUAUAACAUACACACAAGGGAAGUUUGGGAGUUAAACCCUCCAGAAGUAGAGGAUUCAGUUUUACAGUAUGCAGCCUGGGGCGUCCAAGGACAGCAACUGAUUUAUAUUUUUGAAAACAACAUCUACUAUCAGCCUGAUGUAAAGAGUAGCUCAUUGCGCCUGACAUCUUCGGGAAAAGAAGGAAUUAUUUUUAAUGGAAUUGCAGACUGGUUAUAUGAAGAGGAACUUCUUCAUUCUCAUGUUGCCCACUGGUGGUCUCCAGACGGUGAAAGGCUGGCGUUCCUGACCAUAAAUGACUCUCUGGUACCGAACAUGGUUAUCCCCCGGUUUACUGGAGGUCUAUAUCCGAAAGGAAAGCAGUAUCCAUAUCCUAAGGCAGGUCAAACAAACCCAACAAUAAAGCUGUUUGUAGUUAAUCUGUAUGGACCAGCACAUACACUGGAACUGAUGCCACCUGACAGCUUUAAAUCAAGGGAAUAUUACAUCACCAUGGUGAAAUGGGUAAGCAACACCAAGGCUGUGGUGAGAUGGUUAAACAGACCUCAGAAUAUCUCCAUUCUUACAGUUUGUGAAACCACAACUGGGGCUUGCAGCAGGAAAUAUGAAAUGCAGUCAGACCUGUGGCUUCCUAAACAGAAUGAAGAACCAGUUUUCUCCAAGGACGGCAGUAAAUUCUUCAUGACUGUCCCAGUGAAGCAGGGAGGCCGGGGCGAAUUUCACCACAUAGCCAUGUUUAUUGUUCAGCCUAAAAGUGAACAAAUCAGUGUGAGACACCUGACAUCAGGAAACUGGGAAGUUAUCAAAAUCCUGGCAUAUGAUGAAAAUACUCAAAAGAUUUAUUUCUUAAGCACUGAAGAAUCCCCAAGAGGAAGACAGCUACAUAGUGUAUCAACAGUGGGAUCAUUGAAUCGUCAGUGUCUCUCAUGUAACUUCUUGAAAGACCAGUGCACAUACUUCAGUGCAAAGUUUAGCCCCAUGAAUAGGCAUUUUUUACUGCACUGUAAAGGGCCAGGCAUUCCAGUUGUUAGCGUGCACAGUACAAGUAAUACUGCAGAGUUUUAUAUUUUGGAAAAUAAUGCUGUGUUGAAAGAAGCUGUUUUUAAGAAAAAAAAUUCCAGGACUGAAAUUAAAAUGCUUCACAUUGAGGAUUACGAACUCCCUUUACAGUUGUCACUGCCAAAAGAUUUCACGGAUCGAAACCAGUAUGCCCUUCUAUUAAUAAUUGAUGAAGCUCCAGGCAGCCAGUUGGUUACAGAUAAGUUUCACAUUGACUGGGACUCAGUGCUUGUCAACUCUGAUAAUGUCAUCGUAGCUCGAUUUGAUGGCAGAGGGAGUGGAUUUCAAGGCCUUAAGAUUCUACAGGAGGUCCACCGAUGCUUAGGAUCAGUGGAAGUGAAGGACCAAAUAGCAGCCGUAGAAUCACUAUUGAAACAGCCCUUCAUUGAUCCUAAGAGACUGAGUAUAUUUGGAAAGGGAUACGGUGGCUACAUUACGUCAAUGAUCCUGAAAUCCAGUGAACGGCUCUUCAAGUGUGGAACUGUGGUGGCACCAAUUACAGAUAUGAAGUUGUAUGCAUCAGCUUUUUCAGAAAGAUACCUUGGUAUUCCAUCAAAAGAGGAAAAUACCUAUCAGGCAUCCAGCAUAUUACACAAUCUUCAUGGUUUAAAAGAAGCAAACUUGCUAAUAGUUCAUGGGACAGCUGAUGCUAAAGUCCACUUCCAGCAUUCAGCAGAACUAAUUAAACAUCUAAUAAAAGCUGGAGUUAAUUACACUAUGCAGAUCUACCCGGAUGAAGGUCAUAACAUUGCUUCUGAGAAAAGCAAAUAUCACCUUUACAGCACAAUCCUUGGGUUUUUUAGUGCUUGUUUAAAGGAGGAGACACCAAUUUUACCACAGGAACCUGAAGAGGAUGAAUAAGGAAGCCUAUUUGUGUAGUACUGAAGGGGACUUACUUUGCGGCUCAAUAAAACCUUAAAUAAAAGUGACUGUAAGAUUGCAGAUUCUGCAGAAGCUCAAGGGCAGCUAAAGGAUAUCACAGUGGAACAGCACAUUUACAGACAAUGAGCUAAUAAACUGGAAUUCGACUACAAAGUCCAAACAUAUUACCAAGGGACAAAACCUUUGUGGAAGGUCAACAGUUGGUUACAGUUUCCUGGAAGAACUUAGUUUUGCAUAAGUGUAGGGUUAGUGCAUGUUUGUUAUGUUAAGCCUCACUGUUGGUUCUGUAAGUGGUUGCUCGUUUUUUAAUUUAAAUGCACAUCUUUAUUCAUCUUUGCAUAAUGCACAACCUAUCAUAAGUAUUAUGGCCACUAAUAUUUUAAAAGGUGAGCUGCAAUCUAACACUUUACUGUAAUGUUACAAUAAGUGCAAUUCUUUCGCUGUCUAUUAUACAUAAGAAACCACAGAGAUAAUAAAGGGCACGAUAUUUUCUCUAGUUUCUGCUCAAAGGGGAUAUAU